UCGCUGGAGCGCUGCAAAGGUCAAGGUUGCUCGGCCCACACGGAUCGCGGCACGUGCAUUUCGCUACUGCGAUGGCGCGGGGGGGCCGGAGGGAUCCCUCCACGACCCACGCCGCGCUCGAUACUCCACGCUUCAGCACGCCAGGCUCUCUCGAGCGAGUGGGGCCCUGCAGGGAGGAGGCCGAAGAAGGGGGGGCUCGAAGGGCCCAUGGAGGCGUGAAGGGACGACGUCGGGGCGCUCCUUCGGCCGGGCCUGCCCCUUCCACGGCGCUGCUGCGGGGGGAGGCGAGGGAGCGGACAGCGCAGAUGUCAUUCAGCUGAUCGAGGCAGGCGUGAGACCAUCGGAACUGCUCAUGGAACGUACAGCCGACAAAAGAUGGGACAAGAGGCAGCGGGAAGAGGAGGGAGGGCGCGAGAGAGGGAUGGAGGAGAUUAGAGGGGGGAGGCCGAAGGUGUGAACAUGCAGCCGCAGUGCCCGAAGAACUACAUCUCUCGGCUGACGCCACGGGGUGAAACCUCGGACCGCCCGCUAAAGCAAAGCGGGAACGCAAUCCGCGUGGACCUGCAAUGCGCGAGCGCAGGCAGUGGGCCGCGAGUCUGGAGCACACGAUCAAACACGGCACCUUUGUGAGCGUGAUACCCCCGAUCGCGGACACGUCCAACGAUGUUCCGCACAUAGCGCCGAAGAGUGCAGGACGGGAAGGGGCGGGCGAGGAGAAGAGGAGGAAGCGAGAAGUGGCGAGGGCCAGACAACGCUGGCGAAGCAAGAUUAUUUUCGCACCCCUGAGGGUGGCCGAUCACGCCUGGGCAUGGCAUCCCCCCGCUGGGGCCACGCCCAUUCGAAAGGCGCUCCGCGUAACGAACGCGGCGUGCGAGUAGCUCGGGUGCCCGUGCAGACCCGCACGGCAAGUUGAUACAAAUAUCCAACACACGCUGCUGCGACGAACGCUGGCGCCCCGCGAAGAUGGAGCGCAAAGACAAGGACGGUACGGUACGACCUGCAUGCCAGACCCAGAUCCGCGAUACGGCAAAUGUGCAGACACAAACCAAGGCUGGUGAACUGGUGAAACAUGCUGAAUGGAAAUUGGCGCAAUGGGAGAGAGAUAAACAGAGAGGGGCGUGAAGAAGUGAAGAGAAAAGGAGGGUCAGCAGGCGGCCCAGACUACACGGGGCUGCCGCAUUGCAUGCGCACUCGCCCCCAGUGGAAACACGAAUGCACAGCGGGACCCUGACCCCAGCGAGGGCGCCCAGAAACUGUACAGCAGGGCAAAGCGCCAUGGGCCGUCAGGCAUGAAGAGACGGCGCUGGUGAGGCACUGCCGAAACUGAUCGUGUGCACGUGGAUCUCUACGCGCGCGGUCUGCCAC